AUGUUCCAAAUACAACAGGUUCUUACUCUCGCCGGCAUCAUUGUACUGGCCUACAUAGGUCAUGUCUACCUCGAUAAUCGACAGCGCAACCCGGCAGGUCUGCCGUACCCACCAGGUCCUCCCGGCUAUCCCAUCAUCGGCAAUCUCUUCGAUAUCCCUAAGGUCUUCAUUUACAAGCGCUUCCGAGAAAUGAGUCGGGAACUCGAUUCAGAUAUCAUCCACCUGCAGGUCUUCGGGUUUCAUUUGAUUGUGUGCAACUCGAAAGAAGUGGCGGACGAUCUCUUUGAGAAGAAGUCGUCGAUCUAUUCAGACCGACCCCGCAUGCCGAUGCUCUGUGAAUUGAUGGGAUUCGGCUGGUCACUCGGCUUCACUCCGUAUAACGAGUGGUGGAGGCACUCGCGCGCGCUGUUUCACAAGCACUUCAAACCCACUGCCGUCGCCCAGUUUCGGCCGAAGAAACUCAAGGCCGCCCACGAGUUCCUACAUAGAUUACUGGACGACCCCAAGCACUUCCAUGAACAUAUGCAACUGAUGGCUGGAGGUGUCAUCCUCGACGUUGGCUAUGGUCUUGAUAUCCAGUCGGCCGACGACCCGUACAUCAGGCGCGCCGCAGAAACACUGGCGAUCAUCGACAAGGCGGGCAAUCCCGGUGCUUUCCUCGUAGAUAUUCUGCCAGUUUUGAAGUACGUGCCCGAGUGGGUGCCGGGUGCCGGCUUCAAGCGCAAAGCACGCGAAUGGAGCAUCGUCGCAGAUGAGUUUGGGACCAUCCCUUUCGACUUUGUCAAGAACGGCAUGACCGAUGGGACCGCCAAACCAUCCUUCGUAUCAAUAGCCCUAAGAGAUAUCACCGAGAAGGACGAUAGGCAGUAUCAAGAGGCCCUCAUAAAGGCACUGGCGGGCACGAUGUACACAGCUGGUGCAGAUACAACGGUAUCCUUGAUAUUGACGUUCUUCCUCGCCAUGCUCAAGUUCCCGGACGCCCAGGCGAAGGCUCAAGAAGAGCUGGACCGAGUCGUUGGAACUGACAGGCUGCCCACCUUCGACGACGAGGAGAAACUGCCGUAUAUCGGGGCUCUUGUGAAAGAAGUGUUUCGCUGGCAACAAGUCGCACCGUUCGCUAUCCCUCACCGUGUCUCCGCCGACGAUGUUUACCGCGGCUAUUUCAUCCCGCGUAAUAGCAUAGUCUUGGGCAACGCGUGGGCGUUGCUCCACGACGAAGCGCUCUUUCCAGACCCCUUCUCCUUCAAGCCCGAGCGGUUCGGACCCGAUGCCGACCCUGCGGUCACAGAAGCUGUCGACUACGCCUUCGGCUUUGGGCGGCGUGUAUGUCCUGGUCGCUGGAUGGCGCAGUCCUUCACCUGGAUCACAAUUUCGAGCGUGCUAGCGGCCUUUACGUUGGAGAAGGCGCGGGAUCAGAGUGGAGAGUUCAUUGAGCCGACAGCUGCGUACUCGCCUGGCAUCCUCGCGGCUCCGGAGAAGUUUGACUGUGUGGUCAAGCCUCGGUCGCAUGAAGCUGAACUGCUCGUUCGAUCUGCGUCUUGA